AUGGUACGAUCGGAACAAACAACGAAUCGGACAGGUGUUGUCUUGUCUUCAGAAAGUGAUGGUCAUCAUCGUCAUUCACAGAGUACACUCCUUUCACAAUUUAUGAAUCUUGUAUUUCCUAAAAUUAUUUCUUCAACUGCUGUGAUGAGUGGAUUAUUAAAUCAUUCCAAUCAAAGACCUACUACUACUCUCUCCAAUCAAUCACAUUCUUCAGACAUUCAAAGAGUGAUUGGAAGUGAAAGAGAAAUGUUCGACAAAAUUAAUCCUGAAACUCUUCAAAUUGAAAAAUAUAAUGUGUUGUCGGAUAAAUCCAUUUACUCGAAAAGACCUUUGUAUGAUGAGAAUAGAUUUCAGGAAGAUCAUGAUGAUUUAAUGGCAUUGGAAUGGAGAAGAAAUCGAGAAUUGGAACAAGAUGUACAAAAAAAAGAAUCAUUCAAAAAAAGAAUGUCAGAAAUUACAGGAAGUGAACAUCAGAAUGAACCUACCCAAAAGGAAUCUGUUAUUCCUUCGAACGAUAAUGACAAAAUAGGAUUAUUAGAAUCUUAUCUUGUUAAUAAGGAUGAAUCAGAGAACCUACCAACAACUCGAAGAGUGAAAUCUUCAUCCAUUUCAGGAAUUUCAAAUGCAACCAAUGUCACACAUUUAUAUUCCACGCUUCUUCCAGAGUUAAGAAAUGAAUUAAGAAGAAAAGGACUGAAACAAGUUGGAUUCAUUCGAUUCAACACUAAUACAAUCACUUCAGAUGAUGCACUCGCAAAAUUAAGACAAUCCACCAAAGAUACUCAUAAUCCAUUUAAUCCAAUGGCAUUCGAAGAUCCAUCUUUGAGAAUACUUGCUCCUAAACAAUGGCAAGGUGCUCUUCCAUCUCCUGCAAAAGAUGAUAUUAUUCAAAGUGCUAUUUCAGGUUUACAAUCACACUUUUCACUGAGUUCAAAUUUCAUCAAACAAGGAGAAAUGAUUGAAUAUAAUUUCUCAGUGACAAGACAACAUCAGGAUCAGUCAUACGGAUCUCAGUCAAAUAAUGCAUUGAAAUCUAUUUCUCUACAACUUGUCAUUUCACUUUCACAGGUUGAGAAAUCAAGAACUCUUUUACAAAGCAAGAAAACUUUUCAAUUUGAAGGGUAUGAUGCUCACUCAUCUUCACACAAUGUGAUUGUCAUGCAACAACAACAAAUUCCUCUCAACAUUCAAACUGCAUCUCUUGAGCCAGGAACCUAUCAGUUAUUUGCACAAGUGCUAUUGUUUUUACCAAACUCAACAACCUCUACAAUAUUAUCAUCCCAUGGACCUUAUGAUAUUCAUAUCAUUCCAAAAAACUGA